UCAGGAUGGCGUCCUGGGGCAGCCAAUGGCUUUGCAGAGCCCCCUUUCCCCGUCUGCCCUGUCGCACCAGCUAAGGGCACUGGACGGUCCCUUAGAACCAGGCAUGACUUCCAAAGAUCAUCCAUCACUGUGGGGCUUUGGAACAACAAAAGCAUUUAAUAUUCCUGUUGAACAUUUGGAUUUCAAGUAUAUUGAAAAAUGCUCAGAUAUUAAGCAGCUGGAAAAAAUUCUUUAUGUGCUCAGGUCUGGUGAUGAGGGAUAUUAUCCUGAACUUACAGAAUUUUGUGAAACGCGCCUUAGAGGCUUAGCUCCUGGAAGUAGAGCUCUGAGGAAAGAUAAACCUGCAGCGACAGCAUCCAGUUUUACAACAGAAGAAUGGGAAGAAAUCAAUGGUGAUAUAAAGAGUUGGGUAUCAGAAAUUAAAAAAGAAGAAACUAGGAUACAAUUUCAGGAAACUGAAAAAUUUCCAGAAAUAAGAGAUCAUUUGCCUCCAGUUCGUCGUUCAAACGAUGAUCUUCACGUUACCAAGGAAAAAUAUUCUUCUAAAAAUAAACCAGCUAAAAAGAAAAUUCCAAGGGAUUAUGCAGAGUGGGAUAAAUUUGAUGUGGAAAAGGAAUGUUCAAAAGUUGAUGACGAUUGUAAAGAAAAGACCAUAAUAAACAACAAGUCACAUUUAUCUAAAAUUGAGACAAGAGUAGACACAGCAGGUCUCACUGAGCAGGAAAAGGGUUUUCUUGCUACCCGUGAAAAAGAAAAAGGAAAUGAAGCUUUCAACGUGGGCGAUUAUGAAGAGGCUGUCAUGUAUUAUACGAGGAGUAUAUCGGUGCUUCCCACUACAGCUGCUUAUAACAACAGAGCUCAAGCAGAAAUCAAAUUGAAGAACUGGAAUAGUGCUUUUCAGGAUUGCGAAAAGGUCUUGGAGUUAGAUCCUGGAAACAUAAAGGCCCUUUUGCGCCGUGCCACUACUUAUAAACAUCAAAACAAGCUUCAGGAGGCCAUAGAAGAUUUGAGGAAUGUACUGGAGGUUGAACCCAAUAAUGAUUUGGCCAAGAAAAUCCUGUCAGAGGUUGAAAGAAAUCUGAAAAAUGAUGAGCUCACAUCUAAGCCCCAACCCAAAGGGAAAAGGAUGGUUAUUGAGGAAGUAGAAAACUCAGAAGAUGCACAUGAGAAGAAGAGAGGAACUGCACCUGAAGAUGGCAGUGGAGAUAACACGGCCGCGCGCGCCAUGGGCAACACGGCCAGGAAGGCGAGCGGCCGGGCGGAGCGCGGAGGCCGGCCGGGCGGGGCCCAGCGGCGGCCCACGGCCCCCGCCGUGCGGGGCCAAGCGGGGAGCUCCGGGGACCCCGCGGCCGCCGCCAACCCCGCCGCCCCCGCCGACCCCGCCGGCCUGAAGAACCAGGGCAACGCGCUGUUCCGCGGAGGGCAGUUCGGCGAGGCGGCGCGCAGCUACUCGGCGGCGAUCGGGCGGCUGGAGCCUGCAGGAAGUGAAAGUGCGGGUGAGCUAAGUAUCUUAUAUUCAAACAGAGCAGCGUGUUACCUAAAAGAAGGAAACUGCAGCGGCUGCAUUCAAGAUUGUAACAGAGCCCUGGAACUCCAUCCAUUCUCCAUGAAACCUCUUCUGCGACGAGCCAUGGCCUAUGAGACUUUAGAGCAGUAUGGCAAGGCUUACGUGGAUUAUAAGACCGUGUUGCAAAUAGACUCUGGACUCCAGCUAGCAAAUGACAGUGUUAACAGACUAACAAGAAUCUUGAUGGAGCUGGAUGGACCAAGUUGGCGGGAGAAGCUGUCACCCAUUCCUGUGGUGCCCACCUCAGAGCCACUGAGAGCAUGGUGUCCCGGGUCACAGGCCACCCCCAACCACAGAGACUCUGGUAGCCUCGCCUCAGCCAGCAUCUCAGAUGAAGAAAUGUUGAAAGCCCUUAAGGAAGAAGGAAACCAAUAUGUAAAGGACAAAAACUAUCAAGAUGCUCUUAGUAAAUACACCGAGUGCUUAAAGAUUAACAGUGAGGAGUGUGGCAUAUACACAAAUCGAGCUCUGUGCUACCUGAAGCUGCGCCAGUUCGAAGCGGCUAAGCAGGACUGCGACCGCGCGCUCCGGCUGGACAGCGACGAUCUGAGCGCUCGCUACCGGCGCGCGCUGGCGCACAAGGGGCUGCAGAAUUAUCAGGAAAGCUUAACUGACCUCAAUAAAGUUCUCCUACUAAACCCAAAUCUUGUGGAGGCAAAGAGGGAACUGGAAGAGGUAACCAGAUGCCUCAAAGAUAACACAGCAUCGUUCAACAAAGAGAGACGGAAAAUUGAAAUUCAAGAGGUGAAUGGAGGUGAUGAUGAGGAACCUGAAGAAAGCCCAGAGGAAGUAUCCGCUGUCUGCCCGGCUGCUGAGAAGAGCGAUGGAGGCCCUGGGCUCCCCGAGCGCCCUGAGCCCCUUCGCAUCUCCAAGCCUGCUAAUGCCUACGAGUUUGGUCAGGUCCUAAACGCGGUCAGUACCAGGCAGGACCAAGAGGCCUGUGCACACCUUUUAGCCAUCACGGCCCCCAAAGAUUUGCCAGUGCUUCUGAGUAACAAACUCGAAGGGGAUAUAUUCCUUCUCCUCGUUCAGUCUCUGAAAAAUCAUCUUUUUGAUAAAGAUCCUGCCUUGGUGUAUCAGCAUCUUUUGUAUCUAAGUAAAGCAGACAGGUUUAAGAUGAUGCUGACACUCAUUGGCAAGUGCCAAAAGGAGCAGAUUGAACAGCUGCUGGACAAUCUUUCAGACACAACAACCAACCAUUUUACUUUAGAAGAUGUUCAAGCCCUAAAAAAACAGUAUGAACUUUAACUCGAGAUUACUGAUGGCUCCUUCCAUGCAUGUGUGUGUUCCAGCAAUGCUCACUAAAUGGUACUGCAAGAGUUGCAUGGAUUAAACCUGAUUACAAAAAUCCCUUGGCCUGACUGUAAGAUGUUUUACUUGUUUUUAUCUACAGAACGUAUAUAUUCUAUAAUCUUUUUAUUAGUUGUAAAUAUUUUCUUAUAUACCAGAACCAUAUCUUUAUAUUUAAUAAGUAUAUUUGGGACAUGUUAAAAAUACAUUUUAACUUAUAGUGAUAGUGCACACUUUCUUUUGAUAACUUACCUGUUAAAUAUUUCAGUUAAACAGCAUUUGUUUAGGCUAUGGAGUCCUCUUAAGCUUUGAUGGAAAUAAAUUUCUUUGAAUUCCUCUUUUAAGACUGAAAGUUAUUGACAGUGAUUAUGAUGUCACCUUGUAUCCUAAGUAUCCCAUUUUGUAAUUCUAGUAGAUUUUAAUCAGUUAAAACAUGAUGCGAUUCUGAAGUCUAUAAUCUGAUUAUUUAGUGCCCUAAGAGGAACUUAUUUUUCUUAAUACAUUGCCCAGUGAUUAAUAAAAAUUGCCAAAAGCUUCUCUACCACUUUUUACAUUGACUCAUAUAUUGCUUACAUAAGCAAAAUAACCACUACAUAAAAGCGACUAAGCCUGCAUUUAUGUCUGAAUUGUCCCCUUCCAUGUUUUUUCCAUUUGAAUGUCCCCCUACCUUUGUUUUCUGCUUUCAUGAUUGUAUUUAUUGCUUUACUGUAAAAAGGGAAAUGAAUAACUUAUAUUGCAAACUCUUGUUAAUUGGGUGGAAAAAGGCAUUUCUUGCAAUAAAACAUGAAGGCCCUAAA